AUGGUCGCACAUAAUAAAUGUGCUCAAAGAAGAGUUGAAACGAGAGAUAUCAUAUCUCAUGUCAUAAUUAAUCACGAUGCUAAAAUCGACAUCAUGCCAGUUAAUUAUGUGAAAUCGAAUAGCACAUUGGACCAUCAUGUGAUUGACAUAAGCCUGUUUCAACCCAACGUAAUGAUAUUGAAAGUCAAAGUUAAUGAACAAUCCCCACAUGCGCAACAAAAUUCCAAAGUUCAUCACACGAACUACACAGGAUGCAUGUUGAAAAAUGCAGAAACGUUAACUAAAUAG